AUGAGCCACGGCCACAACGAACGACGCGCGCGGCCGGCACGCAAGCAGAUAUCGUACGGCGAGCUCGAGGAGAUACGGCAUCAUGCCGAGCAUAUGACAGGCGAAGGCAUGAUUUACAAUGUAUGGUACAACAAAAUGUCAGGGGGCGACACGGGGCACGGCCCAGAGUCCAAGACGCGGUCUAUGACCAGGUGCGAUAUUGCGCGCGACGCAGGGUAUACCCGCGCGGACAUGCGCAUCCAGGCCAGUGCUGGUGGUGUGUCUGACACGACGUAUGUGUGCCUGUUCUUUGCGCGCGGAUGCUGCCCGAAGGGCGAAGAGUGUCUGUAUCUGCACCGCUUGCCACGGCCCUACGAGGUGGCGGAUCAGGGCAGAGAUAUUUUUGGGCGCGAAAAACACGGAAGCUAUCGCGAUGAUAUGGGUGGUGUAGGCUCUAUGCUGCGUGUGAACAAGACGCUCUAUGUGGGCCGUAUCAACGAGGAAACGUCCCUCAGUUUCCGUCGCGCCGCGGCGAAUCCAGCCGACAACUAUGACGACACAGGGUCGACGCCCACGUCCAAGAUCGUGCGUCGGCACUUUAGUGAAUGGGGUGACAUUGAGCAUGUUCGUGUUAUGGUGGGCCGCGGCAUCGCGUUUGUAACGUACAAGUACGAGGCGAACGCCCAGUUCGCCAAGGAGGCCAUGAUGCACCAGACGCUCGAUCACGACGAGGUCCUCAAUGUGCGCUGGGCUGCAGAGGAUCCACGCAGUGAUGGAGAGGCACGCGAUGCUGCCGAGCUCCGUGAGCUAGCCGAGAAGCGGAUCGCCGAGGUGGAACGGACCAAGCGCACCUCAGACGACGCAGAAGACGAGCGGGCCAAGCGGCAGCGCAUGCUGCUGUCACAGCAACAGAUGGCGCAGCUCGACGAAGAGAACCGACGUGGCUGGGAAGAGAUCCACGGAAAAGCCAAGACACCGAUAUUGAGCGCACAGGCUCUCGAGUCUCUCAAAGCGCUACGACCAACCCGACCCUCGUCGGCGUUGGAAAAUCUGGCGGCCUAUGACAGUGACUAG